AAAUAUAUAAAAACUUCGUUGUCCCCAAAACCCUUGGGAAAAACUCCUGAAAAAUUGUAAAUUAAUUCACAAAUUUUGUCCUGAAGCAGUCAACAAGAUUUGUAGGAAAGGAAGUUACACAUUACCGUACAAAGAAUACAGAAAAUGGAUAAUUCUGCCCCAGAAAUUGCAGUUGAAGCGGUACUUAAAGCUAGCGAGCAAAUGCCAAUAGAUUCAGAAACAGUCAAAGGUUAUGAUUUCAAUAAUGGAGUGGAUUAUUCUGCUUUAUUGGCUACAUAUAAACAUUCAGGGUUUCAGGCCACAAAUUUUGGAAAAGCUGUUGAUGAAAUAAAUAAUAUGAUAUCUCGAAGAUUUGAGCUGCCCCCCAAAGAAGGGCAAAAAACCAACUGUGCAAUAUUUUUAGGAUACACUUCCAACAUGAUAUCAUCUGGAUUAAGAGAGACAAUACGUUACCUGGCUGAGCAUAAUAUGAUUGAUUGCAUUGUCACAUCAGCAGGAGGUAUUGAAGAGGAUUUUAUCAAAUGUUUUGCACCAACAUAUAUUGGAGAUUUUAGUUUAAAAGGAGCCACAUUGCGGGAAAAGGGAAUGAAUAGAAUUGGAAAUUUAAUUGUACCCAAUGAUAACUACUGUACAUUUGAAAAUUGGUUGACUCCAAUACUUGAUCAAAUGUUGCAUGAACAGAAAACAGAGAAGAUAAAUUGGACUCCUUCAAAGUUAAUAGAUAGACUAGGCAAGGAAAUAAAUAAUCCAGAAUCAGUGUAUUAUUGGUGCCACAAGAACAAAAUUCCUGUAUUCUGCCCUGCUAUAACUGAUGGUUCUAUUGGUGACAUUUUAUAUUUUCAUUCAUAUAAAAGUCCUGGAUUAAUUUUAGAUUUAGUUGAAGAUAUUCGACGGAUGAAUAGUCAAGUUACUUUUAUAGCCAAUUCAGGUAUAAUUAUUCUUGGUGGAGGACUUUGUAAGCAUCACAUCUGUAAUGCCAAUAUGAUGCGUAAUGGUGCAGACUUCUCUGUCUUCGUAAAUACUGCACAAGAAUUUGAUGGUUGUGAUUCUGGAGCAAGGCCAGAUGAAGCUGUCUCUUGGGGAAAAAUUAAAGCAACUGCAACACCAGUGAAGGUGUAUGCUGAGGCAACAUUAGUAUUUCCAUUGUUGGUAGCAGAGACAUUUGUCAAGAACUAUGAUAUCAAGAGGAAGGAAUUGGAAAAAAGGACAGAAAAUUGUAAAGAAUAAUAGAGAAUACACAUAUUUUACAUGGAUUUGAAAUGCUUUUACACAAAUGCCAAGAUUUUACACAAAACUGUUAUAUAAACCUUUCUUUUAGUGAUGUAUAAUGUCAAGAGCAGAAAGUCUGACGGUGCACAAAAUUUGAUUGGCUUUGCAAAACUAGCAAGCCAGUCAAACUUCAUGUAUUAUAAUAUCAGACUUUCUGCUUGGAUGUAAUAAUAAGAACGGUCUAAUAUAGCAUGGUUUAGCAUGGUCAUCUAUA